AUGCCGCUGCGUCGCGUGGAGCAUUGCAUCCAUCUGUACAACUCGCACCACCAGGAGGAGGCCGUCAAGAAGUGGAAGCAGGCGCUGCGUAAGAUCAGCAACAAGCAGGAGCGCUUCGCCACGCUCGGCUACCUCGCAGCCGCCUACUGCGACUGGGGCAAAUACCGGGAUAUGCUCAUCUAUAGCAUACACCAGAUCGACCUAGCCAACGAGGCGGACAACUGUUACAUGCGCGCCGAAGCCUACCUGAACCUGGCGCGCAGCAACGAGCUGUUGAGCGACUACCACAAGGCCGUCUGCUACUGCCGACACAGCCUGCAGAACCCGCCGAAAGAUCCUCGCUGCCACGGCUACGUGUACAUGUGUCAGGGCAACGCGUAUUUCGGCUUCAGCAAGUUCACGACGGCGAUAGAGAACUAUGAGCGUGCGAUGCAGAUCGCUGCACAGACUCACGACAAAGCGCUGGAGCUGCAGAUACUCGGAGCGCUCGGCGCGUUCUACAUCACGCUGCACGACACGGAACGCGGCCUCAGCUAUCACACGAAGGCUGCCGACCUAGCGAAAGGUUUCAACAUCUGUGAUCUCGGCUCGAAGUACCAGCGCGUGACAACAAUCAACAUGGCGACGCCGCUACGACGGAUCGGUCGACUGAGCGAGGCGCUGGAAUACUGCGAGGAGGCGAUGAAAAUGGCACAGGAGGCAGGGGACCGACCCGUGCAAGCCAAAUGUCUGACGUGCUAUGCCGACAUACACCGAGCGAAAAACGAACCGGAGAAGGCGUAUUCCCGCUACGAGGCAGCACUCGGCAUCAUGACAGAGAUCGGUGACCGACAUGGACAAUGCCUAGUCCUAUCCAACAUGGCCAAAACACUCGUGUUACUAAAGGAGAGUCAGAAGGUAUGCGACUGCCAGAAACGACGCAAGAAAACCGGGGAGUCCGCCUACCCUAAGGCGAUAGAUCUCAACCAGAAGGCACUGACGGUCGCUAUACAGAUAGGAAACAAGCUCUACCAGAUGCGUUGCCACCAGCGCAUGGAGGAGCACUACCGUUGCCUAGGCGACAGCGAUAAAGCGGAGGAGCAUCAGGAGUUAGCCCAGAGGUUGCUGAAUGAGAUGGAAUUAACGUGUACGAUAUGUGGCACUGAUUUCUCCCACAGCGACACGCAGCUAGAAGUCAUGCCUUGUUCUCACAUCUUCCAUGCACGGUGUACGCCACUACUUAUGAGCCGGGGCAGCUCAAGGAAACGCUACUGCCCUCGUUGCAGAUCAUCUGUGAUAAACAGACCGACCCUCGUCUGACCCCGCGCGCUGACCCGGUGACGUCACGCCAUGUGCGAUGCAUUCUGAGCAUGCGCCGUUGUGAUAUUCCCGCAGGGCGGGAGUUCGAGACCAAGCCGCGAGAAACGGAUUAGUGAUUUCCCGUGAAUUCAGCUGCGUGGUUCAUCGUGACUCAGCUGCUACCUGGAGGCACUGUGAUGUCAUACAGCUAACGUCGUUCAGCCGUCGUUACGCAGCCAACGUCAUGCAGCUUAGGUCGUACGGCUAACGUCAAACAGCUAAUGCCAUAUAGCUAACACCAUGCAGCUAACAUCAUGAAGCUAACACCAUGCAGCCAAUAUCGUAACGCUAUCACCAUACAGCUGAAAAUCAUGGUCAUCCAUCUUUCGACAUACAGCGAACAUUAUGUAGCUAACAAUAUGCAAGUAACACCAUAUAGCUACAGCAUACAACUAACGUCAUGCAGCUAUUUUCAUAUAGCUAAUGUCACGUAGCCAUUACUAUAGAGCUAACAUGAUAGGAACUGUUGAAGCACAACGUGUGCUAACGUGGUGCAGCACACGCAGUUAACAUCACACAGUUAACGGAGUUAGCAUUCACCUCGUCAUACAGCUAUCAUCGACAUAUUAUCGCACAGCGACGUCGCCAACGUCCGACAUUUAACACCAAUGAUAGGGAGUCGUGAACACCUCCCUGUUGGACGGGAUCUCAGUCGUCGCUAAGCGCACGCAUUGAGCUGUAAGUGAUACUAGCUCAUAUACAGUUGUUAUACAUACAGUUAUUAUAUACAGCUCAGUGAGUGCAACACACGACAGCAAAGCUGCAGACACCGGUACUUCGGUAGCCGUCAGAGGGCGCUGUUUAGCAGCUGCUUGUAGUGCAGGAAAGAAUGAAACAGGGAGCAGUGGUUAUUUUGUUCGUUUUCUUAUAACGGUUACUUUGUUUUUAAAGGACUCACUCGACGCGUGCCUUUACAAACGAGUUUCACUUCUCUCGGAGUAGGCAUUGUCAAUGUGAGUAACCGUUCUUGUAUAAAAGAUAUUGUUGUGUUUUUUGCAUCGGUUUUACUUUUUUUCUAUUUAAGUAUGAACUAUUAUAAAUAUUCUCAUCCCACCCUCACCCGUGCGAUGUACGUACGGUGCGUUGUGAAUACUCCUUUACCCCGUUUAAUUUGACAUUCUAUCACAUUCAUCUUUAGGUUGUGUAAUUUGAAGGCCUGUAAGAUACUGUUUGUAUAAAUUUCAUUCUCAAUCCCGGUCUUGCUUAUUUCGAACGUCGAUCUUUACAAGUGUUACAUUUUUAAUUAUGUAUUUGUUGUUGUGGAAUAGAACAUAGCAAUUAUACUAUAAAGGCAUUGUGAAUCUAUGCCGACUAGCACAUGCACCUAUCCAACUUAGGUCGCCCUCUUUUCUCUCUCCCUCUCUCUCUCUCUCACUCGCUCUAUAUAUAUACACACACAC